UUCAUCCACCCACACACAAACACACACAAUGGCGGAUUUCUCAUCACUGGAAAUGGGUUCGGUUGACCGACCACCCAAUCGCUUUCAAGUGAAUCCUGUCAACCACAAGAACAACAAUGACAAGACAACGGCCGGCGAUGAUGUGCCACAUGAAGUGUAUCGUCGUUUGACCGGAACUGAUGGUGAGCCCAUCGAGGAUGAUACCUUCAAUGAGGAUGCUUCACAAAUGGUCAAAGCCCAACCCAAAACACAGAGACAAUCUAUCAAGAGUAGUUUUCGUGACAAAGAUAAACCAUCGCGUUUCAAGGACUUACAAACCACACGCUUUCAAGUAGAACCACAAAAUGAGGAUUCCGAUGAUUCAAAUGAAGAUCGCGAACUUUUGGAUAAUGAAUAUGACACAAAGUAUGGCAAAAGUUUUCGACAUUUCACACGAGAAGCCUUACCACGCCUGGAUAAUUAUCGUAACAUCAUGUCAAUACAGGCAGCAUAUCGACCCACAUUAGAUGAGCUGCAUAAUGCCACCCUGACCGGAAAGAAUACUCACAGUUUGAAUCGCAAUGACGACCUGGAGGCUGGUGCUGCCGCUGGUAAUGGCAUGCUGAAAUUUGGCUGGAUCAAAGGUGUCCUGGUGCGUUGCCUUUUAAAUAUCUGGGGUGUUAUGCUGUUCCUGCGUCUCAGUUGGGUGGUUGGCCAAGCCGGCAUUAUGGAGGGUUUCAUAUUGAUUCUAACCACAACAGUUGUGACCAGCAUAACGGCUCUGUCGAUGUCAGCAAUUAGUACCAAUGGUGUCAUAAAAGGAGGUGGAACAUAUUAUAUGAUAUCACGCUCGCUGGGUCCGGAAUUUGGUGGUUCCAUUGGUUUGAUAUUCUCUCUGGCGAAUGCUGUGGCCUGUGCCAUGUAUGUUGUGGGUUUCUGUGAAUCCAUGCUGGACUUAUUACUUUCCAUGGAUGUCAGCAUUGUUGAUGGUGGCAUACAAGAUGUGCGCAUUAUUGGCAGUGUAACCAUUCUCAUAUUGCUGAUAAUUGUGGUGGUCGGCAUGGAAUGGGAGGCCAAAGCACAAAUUGGUCUGCUGGUUAUUUUGUUGGUGGCCAUUGCUGAUUUCAUGAUUGGCAGUUUCAUUGGACCCAAAAGUGAUGAAGAACGUGCCAAAGGUUUCCUGGGCUAUAACAUGACUUUAUUCAAGCAGAAUUUCUUUCCCGAUUAUCGUCCCGAAAAAGGUGUUGUUCAUGAUUUCUUUUCGGUGUUUGCCAUCUUCUUUCCGGCCGCCACAGGUAUUUUGGCUGGUGCCAACAUUUCCGGUGAUUUAAAGGACCCUCAAAAAUCCAUUCCAAAGGGUACCCUCCUGGCAAUUUUAAUAACAACCAUCACUUACUUGAUAAUGGUUGUAAUGGCUGGCGGCACUGUUGCUCGUGAUGCCACCGGCAAUGUCACCGAUAUGGUUAAUGGCUCCUUUGCCUUUUUGGAUUGCCUUCCAGGCACUUGCGAAUAUGGUCUAUCGAAUUCCUUCCAAGUCAUUGAGCUAGUCUCCGGUUUUGGCCCACUCAUAUAUGCUGGCUGUUUUGCUGCCACACUCUCAUCGGCUUUGGCCAGUUUGGUAUCGGCGCCAAAAGUAUUUCAGGCUUUGUGCAAAGAUGAACUUUAUCCCAAGAUUGUGUGGUUUGCCAAGGGUUUCGGAAAAAAUAAUGAACCGGUCCGUGGUUAUGUUUUGACAUUUGUUAUUGCUGUGGCUUUUAUUUUAAUUGGCGAACUAAAUCUCAUAGCUCCUUUAAUAUCGAAUUUCUUUUUGGCCGCCUACAUGUUAAUCAAUUUCAGUACAUUCCAUGCCAGUUUAGCCAAGCCUGUUGGCUGGCGUCCAACAUUUAAAUACUACAACAUGUGGCUAAGUCUCGUGGGUGCUAUCCUCUGUGUCGCUGUCAUGUUCCUGAUAUCGUGGGCCACCGCCUUGAUCACAUUCGCUGUGGUAUUGGCAUUGUACUUAAUCGUAGCCUACCGCAAGCCCGACGUCAAUUGGGGCUCCACCACCCAGGCGCAGACCUAUAAGAACGCUUUGAUUUCUGUACAACAGCUGAAUAACGUUGAGGAGCAUGUUAAAAAUUAUCGUCCGCAAAUUUUGGUACUCUCCGGCCUGCCGAAUACGCGUCCGGUUUUGGUCGAUUUUGCCUAUAUGCUGACGAAGAAUUUAUCGCUGAUGGUUUGCGGUCACGUAUUGCGUGGCACUAGCUCACAACGUUAUCGCAACUAUUUACAGGAACGUGCCACCACUUGGUUCCGCAGACAUCGUGUCAAAGGUUUCUAUUCAUUAGUGGAUGGUGAGGAUUUUGAAUCUGGUUCCCGGGCAUUAAUGCAGGCUUCCGGCAUUGGCAAACUAAAACCAAAUAUUUUAUUAAUGGGUUACAAGGCAGACUGGCAGACCUGUGAACACAAGGAUUUAACACAAUACUUUAAUAUAAUGCACAAGGCAUUGGACAUGUACUUAUCCGUGGCUAUACUACGUGUUCCAAAUGGUUUGGAUUGUUCACAAAUAUUGGGCGACGAAAGCAAUGCCCAACGGAAUAUCUUGGAUGUGCCACGUACGUUGCAGCCCAACGAAAGCUCUGCCGACCUCAAUUCAGUCGAACGUACCGCACAAAAUGGCUUGAGCGGCAGCAUGGAUUCGUUGAGUCGCAAUGUAUCCCAAGCCUCCAGCACCAGUGAUUUAUCGUUUGUUGCCGGCACCCAAAGUAAAGAAGUAUCUGGCUUACCGGAUCCUGCUGAUCCCAAAACGGCUCCUCUUUUGACAAAUUCUUUGCGUAAAUCGAAAACAAAACACGAUGAUCCCGCUGCUCUCUACAAGGGUCCCGGUGGCGUUGAAUUGCCCAAAGAAGUUUUGAAUGAAUUGUCACAAUUCACCAGAAAACGCAGUCACGCUGUGAUUGAUGUUUGGUGGUUAUACGACGAUGGUGGUCUUACCCUUCUGUUGCCCUAUAUUAUAAGUACGCGUCGUACAUGGCAGUCAUGUAAAUUAAGAGUUUAUGCCUUAGCUAACAAAAAAGCAGAAUUGGAAUUUGAACAACGUUCCAUGGCCAGUCUAUUGUCUAAAUUCCGUAUUGAUUAUUCGGAUUUGCAAUUGAUUCCUGACAUUACCAAAAAACCACAAGAAUCAUCGACACAGUUCUUUAACGAUUUAAUUAAGGACUUUGUUGUUGCUGAAAAGGAUACAAAUGUACAACUGCAAGAGGACGAGGUUGCCAUUACCGAGGAUGACAUGAUGGCCGUACAGGAUAAGACAAAUCGCUAUUUACGUUUACGUGAAUAUUUACGAGAGCAAUCGACAAAAUCCGAUUUGGUUGUAAUGACAUUGCCCAUGCCAAGGAAAAAUAUUGUGACAGCUCCCCUGUAUAUGGCCUGGUUGGAAAGUUUAAGUCGUGAUAUGCCACCGUUCCUGUUUGUGCGUGGCAAUCAGACCAGUGUUUUGACCUUCUAUUCAUAA